AUGCCUGUCAAACCCACCACCCAUACCUGAUAGUUGAAGCUGGGCAGGAGCAACUGGUUCAAGAUGGCUAACAGGCCCAAAAUCAGCGAGGCACUGAAGGUGGUCGUCCGCUGCCGCCCGAUGAACAGGAAAGAGGAAGCCACCGGCUACGAGAGAAUCUUGGACAUGGAUGUGAAGCUGGGCCAAGUGACUAUCCGGAACCCCAAAGCCACCCCAGGGGAGCUGGCAAAAACAUUCACCUUUGAUGCUGUUUAUGAUGCCAACUCCAAGCAGGCGGACCUCUAUGACGAGACUGUCCGGCCCUUGAUAGAUUCAGUUCUACAAGGGUUCAAUGGCACUAUGUUUGCCUAUGGUCAGACUGGCACUGGGAAGACCUACACUAUGCAAGGGAUCUGGGCCGACUCUGAGAAGAGAGGUGUGAUCCCCAACUCUUUUGAGCACAUUUUCACCCAUAUCUCUCGCUCACAAAACCAGCAGUACUUGGUCAGAGCUUCCUACUUGGAGAUCUAUCAAGAGGAGAUCAGAGAUCUCUUGGCCAAAGACCAGAGUAAGAAGAUGGAGCUCAAAGAGAACCCAGAAACUGGUGUUUACAUCAAGGACCUUUCGUCGUUUGUGACAAAAAAUGUGAAAGAGAUUGAGCAUGUCAUGAACUUGGGAAACCAGAACCGAUCAGUGGGAAGCACCAACAUGAAUGAAUACAGUUCCCGCUCACACGCCAUCUUUGUCAUCACCGUGGAGUGCAGCGAGAUUGGCCCAGACGGGGAAGACCAUAUUCGGGUAGGAAAGCUCAAUCUGGUGGACUUGGCUGGGAGUGAGCGGCAGAGCAAGAUGGGGACACAGGGAGAAAGGCCAAAGGAAGCGUCCAAGAUCAACCUCUCCCUCUCUGCUUUGGGCAAUGUCAUCUCAGCCCUGGUGGAUGGCAAGAGCACCCAUAUCCCCUACAGGGACUCCAAGCUCACCCGCCUUCUCCAGGAUUCCCUUGGUGGCAAUGCCAAGACCAUCAUGGUGGCCACACUGGGACCAGCCUCUCAUAGCUAUGAUGAGAGCUUGUCUACCCUCCGAUUUGCCAACAGGGCCAAAAAUAUCAAGAACAAACCCCGGGUCAACGAGGACCCCAAAGAUACUCUGCUGCGGGAGUUCCAAGAGGAGAUCACACGCCUGAAGGCCCAGCUGGAGAAACGGGGAAUGCUGAGCAAGAAGAGGAGGAGGAACAGCCGGAGGAAGAAGACAUUAGAUGGGGAGGGAACCCCCGAGGCUGAAGAAAUAGAGGACAAUGAGGAUGGGGGUCUAGAGAAAAACAUGAAAAAUUACUUGAAGGAGCAAAAAGAGAGGUUGGAGGAGGAGAAAGCAGCUAUCCAAGAUGACCACAGCCUGGUGAAUGAGGACAAACAAAAACUAUUGGAAGAGAAGGAGAAGAUGAUCGAGGAACUGAGGAAGGAGCAAGAGGCCACUGAGCUACUAGCCACAAAGUACAAGGCAAUGGAAAGCAAGUUGCUGAUUGGUGGGAGGAACAUCAUGGACCACACGAAUGAGCAACAGAAGAUGCUGGAGCUGAAGAGGCAGGAGAUUGCAGAGCAGAAACGGCGAGAGCGGGAGAUGCAGCAGGAAAUGCUGCUGCGGGAUGAGGAGACCAUGGAGCUCCGGGAGACAUUUACCUCCUUGCAGCAAGAAGUGGAGAUCAAAACCAAGAAGCUGAAAAAGCUCUACGCCAAGCUCCAGGCUGUGAAGGCAGAGAUCCAGGACCAACACGAUGAAUACAUCAGAGUGCGACAGGAUCUGGAAGAGGCACAGAAUGAGCAGACCCGAGAGCUGAAGCUCAAGUACCUAAUCAUUGAAAACUUCAUCCCCCCUGAGGAGAAGAACAAAAUCAUGAACCGCCUCUACUUCGACUGCGAGGAAGACCAGUGGAAAUUCCAACCCCUAGUCAGCGGUGGCAGCGGGAACACCCAGAUGAAGAAGCGGCCAACCUCCGCAGUGGGCUACAAGAGGCCCAUCAGCCAAUACGCUCGCCUAGCCAUGUCAGUGGGCUCCCAUCCUCGGUACCGGGCUGAGAACAUCAUGUUUCUGGAACUUGAUGUUUCCCCACCAGCUGUAUUUGAGUUUGAGAUCACACAGGACCAAAGCGAACAUGAUCCACGAGCAUUGCACCUGGAGAGGCUCAUGCGCCUGGAUAGCCUCUUGGAGCGGCCUGCUGCAUCCCGGGUGCGGAAGUCACGGUCUUGGUGCCAGAGUCCUCGUUCUCUGCCAUCCUCAGCGACACACGUAUCCCUUGCCUCCAGCUCACAGAAACCCUCCACAGCACUGGUUCACAAGUAA